CCACCGCCUGAAAUUUCUCUGUUUUUAUCGGUUCGCUGUUUUCUUUCUUCCUUAGAUUAAUUUCACGGCCGAUCGGACCACCGGGCCUCCGGCGGUAGGAUCAGACACCGAUAAGGUCUCCGUUCUCUAAUCAAUAAGCUGAAGCUGAAUCGAGAUUGAAUUUCUGACCGAAUUCCGGGCACGUGGAUCGGAGGAUCAGAGCCGAAUCUUCAGCGAUGGAAAUCGAAGGAGUAGACUCGUAAUUUGCAAUCUUGCUUGACAAAUCGAAUUAUUGUGUUAUCGCAUUCGUAUACAUGGAUUCUAGGGCAAGAAUCCCCUCCUUUGCUUGCCUCUUUCAUCUCCUACUCUUGCUAUGCUCUUUGGUCUCAGCUUUCGAUGAUUCAUCUUCCAUAACGGCAAACUCUAACGACGGGAGUGGGAAAGUUUCGCUUGAUGUUUACUAUGAGUCGCUCUGUCCGGACAGCGUGAAAUUUAUAGUGGACGAUCUGAUUAAGUUGUUCGAGGGAGGACUCGUCUCCAUUGUUGAUCUUAGACUCGUUCCCUACGGCAAUGCGAGAGUCGGUCGAAACAGUUCCAUCACUUGCCAGCAUGGUCCUUCUGAAUGUUUUCUGAACACCGUGGAAGCCUGUGCUAUUAAUGCCUGGCCUGAGCUGACAGGGCAUUUUCCUUUUAUUUUCUGUGUUGAGGCUGUGGUGUACGAGCGGAAAUAUACCCAAUGGGAAACUUGCUACGAGAAAUUGGGAUUGGAUCCAAAGCCUGUUUAUGAAUGCUAUUCUUCUGGGCUUGGGAAAGAGCUUGAACUACAAUAUGCAGCCGAAACCGACCAUCUUCAGCCUCCUCAUAAAUACGUUCCUUGGGUGGUUGUUGAUGGACAACCACUUUAUGAGGACUUUGAAAACUUUGUGAGCUAUAUCUGUAAGGCGUAUAAAGGUUCUUAUGUGCCAAGCGCUUGUAGGGCUGAAUCCCUCAGUGCCAUUUAAAGAGGUAGAAAAGGAAAGUUUAUAAAGCUACUGGUUUUAUCUGCAAUAAUGUUGAUCAGAAUUAGCACCUUCUGCAUCUUCUCUAAUCUUGAUCUUCUAGGUCAAAAUUAGCAAAGUUCAUCCAUCUUUUGCAUAAGUUUCAGUGUAGCGGUUCUAUUUUAACAUUUUUCAGUUAUACUCUUCGUAUUGAUGAAUGUUAAAAUGGACCGAUAUAAGUUUACAUGAUAUGAUAAUUAGUGAGAGCUGUCAGAACGAAGUUGGUGGAAAUUUUGAAAUUUUUUUUUUCUU